AUGUCCAAUGAUUCUGUUUCAACUAUUGAAAAUACUAACUUAAAAAUUGACGAAGAUGAUAAAAAUGAGAAAUUGAAAAAAAGACGUGAACAGUUGGAAGCUUGGAGAUUGAAAAAGCAACAAGUUGAACCUCCAUUAGAACAAAAGCCAUCAAUGAAAAUCAACGAUACGAUUGAAGAUGAAACUCAAAGGAAAAGAAGAGAAAAAUUACAAGCAUGGAGGAAAAAGAAGCAGCAAGAACAACAACUACCAAAAGAUAUAUCUUCAUCAAAAAUACAACAAAAUACAAUAAUUAGUCAUCAACUUUCAAAAGAUAAAACCGCAAUACCAAUUUCUAAAAAAGCAUCAACUGUUAAACCACUUCUACGAAAAAGAAUAGAAUUUGAAGGAGAAGAAGAUCAUUCAAAUUUGAGAAAGAAACCAAAAUUUGAAAUACCUAAAACUGAGAACAAUGUAUUAAUAGAAGAUACUUCAGAAACUGUGGAUGAAUUGGAUGUUUUCAUAAAUCAAUUAAAUAAUAACAACAACUCAAAACCAACAUUAAUUGAAAAAGAAGAAGUACAAAUUUAUUCAGAUACAGAAGAGGAUGAAAAAGAAGAAGAUUUACAAAAUAGAAUAGAUUCAAAAUUAGCUAAAUUGGGAAAUACCAAAACACUAAAAGAAAUAGAUCAGUCUAAAAUCAAUUAUAAACCAUUUGAAAAAAAUUUUUAUCAAGUCCCAUUUGAAAUGUCAUUAAUGUCACAUGAAGAAAUAGAACUUUUAAGAUUGGAACUAGAUAACAUAAGAGUUAAAGGUGAUAAUAUUCCUAUUCCUUUUACAAAAUGGUCUCAACUAAUACUACCUUCAAAUAUGAUAAAUGUUAUAAAUGAGUUAAAUUUUGCAAAACCAUCACCAAUUCAAUCUCAAUCCAUUCCUAUUGCAUUAUCAGGACGUGAUCUAAUUGCAGUUGCAAAAACAGGUUCUGGUAAAACUUUAUCUUAUGUACUUCCAUUGAUGAGACAUAUCAAUGCUGCUAAUACUGGUCCAAGUGCAUUAAUUUUAUGUCCAACAAGAGAAUUAGCAUUACAAAUUGAACAAGAAGUCUUAAAUUUUUCCAAAAAAAUGGAUAAAAAAAUUGUUUGUUGUUAUGGUGGUUCUAAAAUUGAAAAUCAAAUUAGUGAAUUGAAAAGAGGAGUUGAUAUUAUUGUAGCCACUCCUGGUAGAAUGAUUGAUUUAUUAGCAGCAAACAAUGGAAGAGUUUUAUCUUUACAAAAUACAACUUUCGUUGUAUUGGAUGAGGCAGAUAGAAUGUUUGAUUUAGGUUUUGAACCACAAAUAAAUAAAAUCUUAUCUCAAAUUAGACCUGAUAGACAAACAGUAUUGUUUUCAGCUACUUUUCCUAAAAAAUUAGAGGCAUUGGCUAAACAUAUACUAAAAGAUCCAAUCGAGGUAGUUGUUGGUGGUAUUGGUGUUGUUGCUAAAGAAAUAGAUCAAAAAAUUGUAUUGUUUAAUGAUGGUGAAGAUGAAAGAAAUUCAAAAUUAUAUGACAUGUUAUCCGCCAUUAAUGAGAAUGAUAAAGUUUUAGUGUUUGUUGAAAAACAAUCAGAUGUUGAUAAAAUGAUUUCAAAUCUUUUACUUCACAAAAUUCCAUGUGUUUCAAUACAUGGUGGUAAAGAUCAAUUGGAUAGAAAAUAUGCUAUAAAAGAAUUUUCAUCACCAAAUAGUGGAGUAAAUAUAUUAAUUGCAACUUCAAUUGCUGCAAGAGGAUUAGAUGUUAAAAACUUAUCUUUGGUAGUAAAUUUUGAUCCACCAAGUCAUUUAGAGGAUUACGUACAUCGUGUUGGUAGAACUGGUAGAGCAGGUGCAAAAGGUGAAGCAAUUACGUUUGUAUUUAGACUGCAAGAAAAAGAAAUCAAUAUUUUGGUGAAAGCUUUAAAAUCUAGUUCAAAAGAUAUACCUCCAGAAUUAUUAAAAAUAUCUGAAAAAUUUUCGAAUAAAGUUAAAUCUGGUGAUGUUAAAACAAAUUCUGGAUUUGGUGGUAAAGGUUUAGAUAAUUUACAAGAUGUUAGAGAUAAAAAGUUAAAAAUGGAAAAGAAAAUGUACGGUGAAACAAUUGAAGAAGAAAAAGAAGAAGUUUCAGCCAAACAACAAUCACCAUCACCAAUUGGAUUUGUAUUACCUACAUUUGAAAUAAUUAAAGGAAAUUCACCAGAAACUUCAGGUCCAGAUAAAUGUAAAUUUCAUAGUAGAAUUACAAUCAAUGAUUUACCGCAAUCAGUUCGAUGGAAAAUAGUUCAAAGAGAAAGUUUAACAAGGAUUAUAGAUGAAAGUAGAACUUCAAUCACAACUAGAGGUAAAUUUUAUCAAUCUGGACAACAACCAAAACCCAAUGAAGAACCUAAAUUAUAUUUACUAGUUGAAGGAUUAACAGAACAAUCAGUUGAAGAAGCAAAUACAAUUAUUAAACAAUUAAUGAUAGAAGGUAUUGAAUCACUUAGUAGUAAUAAUAUUAAUAAAAAUGGUACAACUGGUAAAUAUUCUGUUAUAUAA